CAGACCAGAUCAAUCCAGGCGCGGAGGCAACGCCAGCGCGGGGCUCCCCCUCCUCACCGCGCCUGCCCCGGCCCCCUCACCGCCCGGCAGCCGGUAACAACUUCGCGUCCCCUCGCCUCUCCCCGCCGUGCCUGCGCCGCCCUCCUCCUCCCUCUUUCCUUCCUCCCUCUCGGCAGCCCCGGGUGGUCCCCGGCUCCGGGGCAGGGUGCGGGUAGCCGAGCCGCGCUCCUCCUCUCCUCCGCGGCAUGAUGGCGGCGUCCCUCCGGCAGCCCGGCGGAGACUCGGGGCCGCUUCCCCGCCCGCCGCUCCCGGCUGGAAGUUUGUGGGUUCUCAGCCAGAAGGGUUCAGAAUAAUGAGAAGGUCACAUCUGUCAAGGGGGGAUGUCAGCACUGCCUUCCUGGGACUGGAGGACUGAAAAGGAGAAAGGACCACAAUUAUAUAGUUCAGGCUGCUUUUGACUACUGACAUAAUCUGCUGUACCCUGGUGGUGGUAGAAGAACAGGACAGUCUCUCCUUGGUUCUGUGGUAUCACCACAGUGCGGUCACCAUGAAUGUGACAAGUUUAUUCUCCUUCACCAGCCCAGCAGUCAAGAGGCUGUUGGGAUGGAAGCAGGGGGAUGAAGAAGAAAAAUGGGCAGAGAAAGCUGUUGAUGCAUUAGUGAAAAAACUGAAGAAGAAAAAAGGUGCUAUGGAGGAACUGGAAAAGGCAUUAAGCUGUCCUGGUCAGCCCAGCAACUGCGUGACAAUUCCUCGUUCCCUGGACGGCAGGCUCCAGGUUUCGCACCGGAAAGGGCUGCCACACGUCAUCUACUGCAGAGUGUGGCGCUGGCCGGACCUGCAGAGCCACCACGAACUGAAACCGCUGGAGUGCUGCGAGUUUCCCUUUGGUUCAAAGCAGAAGGAGGUUUGCAUCAAUCCCUACCACUACAAGCGGGUAGAGAGUCCUGUCCUUCCUCCGGUGCUGGUUCCAAGGCACAGCGAGUACAACCCUCAGCACAGCCUCUUGGCCCAGUUCCGCAACCUGGGACAGAACGAGCCCCACAUGCCACACAACGCUACCUUCCCGGACUCUUUCCAGCAACCCAACAGUCACCCCUUCCCCCACUCACCCAACAGCAGCUACCCAAAUUCACCUGGAAGCAGCAGUAGCACCUACCCACAUUCUCCAGCCAGCUCAGACCCGGGAAGUCCUUUCCAGAUGCCAGCCGAUACUCCCCCUCCUGCUUACCUGCCUCCAGAAGAUCAGAUGACACACGAUACCUCCCAGCCAAUGGACACCAACAUGAUGGCACCCACAAUUGCCCCUGACAUACAUAGAGGAGAUGUUCAGGCAGUUGCUUACGAAGAGCCAAAGCACUGGUGCUCCAUUGUCUACUACGAGCUGAAUAACCGCGUCGGGGAGGCGUUCCACGCUUCUUCCACCAGCAUCCUGGUGGAUGGCUUCACUGAUCCUUCAAACAACAAGAACAGGUUUUGCCUGGGGCUGCUCUCCAACGUUAACCGCAACUCCACCAUUGAGAACACGAGGCGGCAUAUUGGCAAAGGUGUUCAUCUCUACUACGUUGGUGGGGAAGUGUACGCUGAGUGUCUGAGUGACAGCAGUAUUUUCGUGCAGAGUCGGAACUGCAACUACCACCAUGGGUUCCAUCCCACCACAGUCUGCAAAAUCCCCAGUGGCUGCAGUUUGAAGAUUUUUAAUAAUCAAGAGUUUGCUCAGCUUUUGGCUCAGUCAGUGAACCAUGGCUUUGAGACAGUGUAUGAGCUUACGAAGAUGUGCACUCUGCGGAUGAGUUUCGUAAAGGGCUGGGGAGCUGAGUAUCAUCGCCAAGAUGUAACAAGCACUCCAUGCUGGAUAGAGAUACAUCUUCACGGUCCCCUUCAGUGGCUGGAUAAAGUACUUACUCAGAUGGGCUCUCCUCAUAAUCCUAUUUCUUCAGUGUCUUAAAAGGUCCCAGGCUCUGCAUUUUGGAAACAAUUGAGCCUUGCAUGUACUUGAAGGACGUAUGAGUCAGACACACACUUUGUCAUUUUUUUUUUCCCCUUGAACUGGCAACAGCUGAAUAAGAGCCAUUAAAUACUUGACUUCUGUGACCAACACUUGGAUUCAGAAAAAAGAAACCACCAACAAACAAAAUGCCUUUGACAUACUGUUGGUAUCAAGAAUUUUAGUUUACAUUGUAA